UCAGCUGUUCGCGGAUGGGGCCAGCAUGUGGGGCCCUGCAGCGGAGACCCUGUCCUCCCUCCGGAUCUGCCGGAUCAUGCGGCCGGCUGAUGCCAGUGGGGCUGGCGGUGUCCGCGGUGGAACCAUCCUGAAGAUGGCCGAGGCAGGGGCCACCGUCAGCACCCGGCACUGUAACAGCCAGAUUGGGCGGCGCUGCGUUGCCGCCCUGGUCCGGGCGGAGCGCGCCGACUUCCUGUCGCCCAUGCGCAUCGGCGCGCAUGCGACGCACGUCAGCGCCGAGGUCACCUCCACCUCCAAGCGUCCUGUGGAAGUCCGCGUCAACGUGAUGUCUGAAAGCGUACUCACAGAUACCAAAAAGCCGCCCAACGAGGCCACCGUGUGGUACGUGGCCCUGUCGCUGAAGAAGGUGGACAAGGUCCCGGGGGUGCCUCCAGGCCUGUAUCCCCGACAGGAGCGGGAGGCGGAGGGCUGGAAGCGGUGCGAGGCGCAGAAGCUGGGGUGCAGGGAGACCACGCAGAGGAACGGAGACGCCGCCCGGCCCCGCCGGAACCCGGAGCCGGACACGGCCAGCUACAGCCAGUCCGGCGUGCUGCACCUGGCGGGGCCUUCCGACAGCACCCUGCACGGCCUUGUGCACGCAGGGGUCAGCACGAAGCUCGUGGACGGGGUGCCCGGGAUUGUGGCCGCGCGUCACUGCAAGACCAACACAGUCACUGCUUCUGUGGACGCCACGAACUUUUACAAGGUCACAGAAGGGUGCGAUAUUACCGUCUCUGGGCGCAUGACGUUCACGAGCAACCAGUCCGUGGAAAUCGAGGUGCCGGGGGACGCCGACCCCGUGCAGGACAACUUGCAAACGCGCUACCAGGCUGCCAGUGAUUUCUUCACUUGUGUGCCCCUGAGCCAGGAGGGCAGGUCGCUGCCGGUACCCCAGCUCGUGCCCGACACAGAGGACGCAAAGAAGCGCUUUGAGGAAGGCAGUGGGCAGUACUUGCAGAUGAAGGCAAAACCACAGGGCCAGGCCGAGCCCCAGCCCUAG